AUGUGUUCAGGUUGCGUUUGGGUGACGGUGCGACUUGUUGAGUGGGUGGCCGAGGAACGACCCCCCGGAUACGUCAUCCCAGUGGUUGGGGGCACUACCGAAAGCCGCUUCUGGGCGCACGGGAUCAUUUUACAGGCCAUGCUUUUGCGAGACUUGGCUUUUGGACACCGAAAGUUUAAAUUCCAUCCAACAAACCAGCUCGUCCAAUUCUCCAAAAACAGCCAUGAAGUUCAGUUUUUCCAUAUCUUUGGGCUUCAAGGUUUCAGGCGUCAAGUGAACGUGGGGAGGAGCAUGUGGUGGGCAAGUAACGAAGAGAAGCAGAAGCGUUCCAUGUCAACCCUGGGAUGA